AAGGGAUAGAUCCUCGAACGUGACGCACGCCUAUGUUCCAUGCCCUCAAGGGCGAAGCUAACGAACGAUUCUUUUGUCUGCUAGCGCGGACUGUACUUGAUAGGGAGAGAUGACAGUGUCGCUGUUCCCUCCACAUCCACUCACUGGCAACUGUAAAAUCGUCGCCAAACGUCGUCAUCCGUUCGCUGAGCUCCCUCUUGUCUUUGAAGAAAACCUUCCAUCCGCACAGUGCGGAUUCUUUGCGGUCGUUCUUCUCGUGGGCGUCGAAUAAAGCGUCGUUUUUGGACUUUACCCUGCUGGUGCUGUCCUUUCGGGGCAACUGGGUCGACAUUUUGCGUAGCUUCGAAGCUAUCGAGCUGCGUUGUUGAUCUUUGCUUAGUUGGGUGUUCGUUUUGGGAAUUAGCUUCGGCGUUGGUUCGGAUGUUGUGAUUGAUUGCGCCGCUGAAGUAGCUGUCGUUGUCAGUGCCGAUGGAACAGAGGAGGGGCGGCGAUUCGGCCGAUGACCAGUCGGUUUCUCGCGGCGAUAAAGCGAAGAGACCCGACAGUCGCGGAGGGUUUUCUGGUAGGGACACCGCUCCCGGGAGUGAUCUCUGGAAGGAUGGGCUCAUCUGUGCUUUUGAAUUUGUUAGGGGGCGUAAAAGAUCGGGUGAUUUUUCCAAGUCCGGCUCGAAAUUGCCGAGCAGGGCGGCGACCAAAGUCGAUCACUCGAAGGCGCGGGCCGGUACGAAUGGUGGUGUGGUUGAGGCAUUUCCUCAAGCAGUGAGUAGAAAAUGUGACGCUGAGGUUGCUGGUGGUGAUGAUUAUGGCGAGAGCCCAGUUCAUGAGCUAGGCCAGUUUCGCAGUGUUGAUAGGUUGGAGGGUAGUCACUGGGUACCAAUUGGGUGGGAAAGGAUCUCGGCUCUCGCCCAAACCGUGCAAGUAGAUGCCGGUUGGGGGAUGCAGCUAGAAUUAAUGGAUGACAGUGAGGACCUGACGGCCGCGGAUAUGGCAGCUCCUUACUGGGAGAGGCCCGCGGGGCCGGUAUGGUGGUGUCAUUUCUCGGCAGGUCAUCCCGCUGUGGAAGCAUGGCUCAGUAAUGCUCAGUGGUUGCAUCCGGCCGUCAGUUUGGCUCUACGGGAUGAAGGUCGGCUCAUAAGCGAGCGCAUGAAACAUCUUCUUUAUGAGGUCCCAGUUAGAGUAGCUGGAGGACUGUUAUUUGAGCUCCUUGGACAAUCAGCUGGUGAUCCAUUUGUCAAUGAGGAUGACACCCCGAUUGUGCUACGGUCUUGGCAAGCACAGAACUUCCUGAUAACUGUACUACACAUAAAGGGGCCCGUGAAAACCAUGAACGUGCUGGGCAUAACUGAGGUUCAGGAGCUUCUUCUUGCUGGUGGUUAUAAUGUCCCAAGAACAGUGCAUGAAGUCAUAGCACAUUUAGCUUGCCGCCUUUCUCGAUGGGAUGACAGGUUAUUCCGGAAGUCAAUUUUUGGGGAAGCUGAUGAGGUUGAACUUAAGUUUAUGAACAGGAGAAACCAUGAGGACUUGAAUCUUUUUACUAUAAUUCUAAACCAAGAAAUCAGAAGGUUGUCCAGACAGGUCAUAAGAGUGAAAUGGUCACUUCAUGCAAGAGAAGAGAUCAUGUUUGAGCUGCUCCAACAUUUAAAGGGUAAUACGACUAGAAUUUUGUUGGAGGGAAUUAACAAGAGCACCCGGCAAAUGAUCGACGAGCAAGAAGCUGUCCGUGGUCGCUUGUUCACCAUUCAAGAUGUAAUGCAGAGCACUGUCCGUGCAUGGUUGCAGGAUAGAAGCCUUAAAAUAACUCAUAAUUUGACUGUUUUUGGAGGCUGCGGGGUUGUUCUUACGAUCAUAACCGGCCUUUUUGGUAUUAAUGUCGAUGGGAUCCCUGGAGGAAGCAACACACCAUAUGCAUUUGGUCUGUUUUCAGCUCUUCUCGUCUUUUUGGGGAUCGUGUUGAUUGUAGUUGGCUUGCUUUACCUCGGGUUGAAAGCACCAGUGACCGACAAGCAAGUUGAAGUCAGGAAGUUGGAGUUGCAAGAGCUGGUAAAGAUGUUCCAGCACGAGGCGGAAACACAUGCUCAAGUUCGUAAACCGCUUUCUCGAAGUAACUUGACACCCACAGCUGGAGACAUGUUGCCCGGCGAUGCCGAUUAUUUACUCAUCCAGUAAACUUAGUAAUUACAGCACCUGAACUUUUUCCGUUUUCUAUUUUAGUUUCGUUACCGAGUACAUCUGGACAAUCCAGGGUGGCUUAGGACAAUUGCAAACAUAGGUAUCGAACGCUGUAUUCCAAAGUUAGACAGAAGGAUACGAAUGAGAUGCAGUGUAGCAGUAAGGUUCGCAAAGAUGGGAACCCCAGAUGAAGGCACAAGACUACAAGGACUCAUACUAGGGAGGAGAGAAUGUCUAAAACUUAUCCUUCCUCUUGCUUGGGAUAAACACACAGCAAACUAACGACGCCCAUUUAUUGUCUGCUACGCAUUGCAGAAGAAGAGGGCGAAACUUAGUCCGAGUAUUCAGGUUGUGAUCACCUUGGGAGGAUACUUUUAAAAUUUUUGUUCUUGAAAGCGCGGCGAGAAGCGUUCAUUUCACUGUCCUAACCGUCUUCAUCAUCAGCAAUGUUGUGAGUACUAGGGACACAUUACUAUGGGCAGAUGAGUUGUAUUAGUUUGAGACCUCGAACUGAAGAAUGAGUCCGUAAAAGACUAUAGCAUUUUCUGUUACCAUGUCGAACGAGAGUUGGUAAUUUUGGAUAGAAGUUAGUAACUUUUUUUUUUUCCGGUUGGUAAGUUGUCAUAAAUGUUAGUGAAGUAUAGGAAAAGUUGGUAGUUUUGGAACGGUCAAAUAAAAGUCGGUAAGUAAUUCAAAUA